AUGACCUGGCUUAGGCUAUGCGUUUCAUCUCUCGGUAUGAAGCAGCAGCCAUUUCACAUAUUAUCGUCUAGUGCAAGAGAAAUCAGAGUUGGCCGAACCUGUUCGUUUGCCCCGUUCGUUCGCAGAGACAUUCCCACCGGCUCACGACAUGCCCUGAAGCCAUCCGGAUAUCUGCUUCCGUGCUUCUUUGUACCCGCACGGCUUUCGAUCAUGAUGCAAUGUAACCAUCUGAUUGGCAAAGUUCCUCAUGCUCUCAUCUCCAUCGACGGACGCCCCCUUUUCCCAAGCUCCGAUAGAUGUCUAUGUACGGACGGUGACAGGCUUGUUCCUUGA